AUGUUUCCUAUACAAAUUGACCUUUUAUGCCACGAGCUGGAGCCUGCAGGAGAGGCGUUAAAGAGAUGCCUCCCAGAUCAUAAGCCAGCGUUCACAGGAAUUGGAGUGUCCAAUCGAGGCGAGGGCGGACGUCAACGGGUGAGAUCUGGGAUUGAAAUGGGAAUGAUGUUGAAGCAGGGAAUGAAGGUACGCGGAUGA